AUGCGACGAACAUCUAGUGACGAUGACGCAUGCGGUCUCAAGAACUACCAUAUAGAGUUUCUCGGAUCAAAAGUUGCGUCCCUCACACAGCCUUCGGUGGUAACAAACACAAACCCCAACAAUCCCAAUCAGCCAGUCUCCCACAUCCAUAAGCCAUUCAAGUUCAAGUCGGGCUCCCAACUCCAGAGCUUGAAGAAAUAUGCCUCGUAUUCAAUCUGCUGGGUCAGCUACUGGUUCGCAGGCGCCUGCGGCCACUACGCAAGCGUUGAAACGAAAUCAGGCCUGCCAUCAAUGUCGAAAACGCAAGUUGAAAUGGUGCGUAUCAACUUCUUGAUUGUUCUAAUCCCUGGCUUAAAGUCCCUCAGCAAUGCUCAAAAGCCUUGCGCCACCUGCGAAAAGUCACAUCGCCUGGCUGUUGCCUCGAACCCUGCUUUGAACGGAACUGAACCCGAGUGUACUUACGAUGAAUUCACUCCGGAGAAUCCCCCGCCUGUUCCAGAAGGACCACGAGCAAAAUACCAGCGUCUGGAGGCCAGGAUAAACGAAUUAGAGACACUGCUCAAGGAACAACAAGCCAAGGAAGUAGCCGACAACAUUAGCAACAACACACCACCGAUAUCUCAAACUUCGCCCUUGGCAUCUCUUUCAGCUGCUAGUUCUUCGGGCUCGCCCGCAAACAAUGUACCCCCCGUCCCAAACACGCGGGAUGCGUACUAUCGUACACUUUUCAUAGAUGAACCAGGCCCGUUUGUUCCCAGUGUACUUCCAACCAUUGCGCCUGCACCUACAGUCGACGAGUCUUCCCAACAAAUCAUCCCCAACGACUGGCCUUCUCGCCUUCCAGCCCCAGACUUGAUGCACCAUCUCAUUGACGUUUUCUUUAAUUGCUAUCCCGUCGCGCACUAUAUAUUACAUCGACCAACAUUCAUGGCAUCGCUUUUACUUCCGCCGAGAUCGCCGGCAUUUCCCCAUUCGUCACUACUCCAUGCUAUAUGCGCAUAUGCGAGUAUUUUCUCGUUUCGCGUCCAUACUCCCUCAAUCGGGCCCGAGAGAGGCCCAUUUCCAAGAAUAGAUCCCGAGGUUAUACGAGAACGCGAUAACUCGUUUGCAGAGAAACAUGUUAGAUGGUCUAGACAGGCUAGGGACGACGCCACGAGUAUCGGAACCAACCUUGUCGAAUGCGUGCAAUCGUUGGUUAUAAUGGUUGGGUACUACCACCUUACUGCCCGUUGGGUCGAAGUCUGGGCUUCGGCUGGGUUGGCGGUCCGAUACUGUGUUCCCCUUGGUCUCAACAAUCGCGCUGGGUUCCACACAGCACGCACACAUCCUAGGACCUGGCUUCGUAAUUCGAGCAUCUUCAAGGGGGGCAGGAGUAUUUUACCAGAGCCCGAUAAUGCUAUUGAGCGAGAACAACGUGCCAACUUGUUUUGGAUAGCAUAUUCAUACGAAAGAUUCCAAACGGCGGUUGGACCGUGGGCUAUGUGCUUGGACGACGAGGAUAUUAGCCAGUUGCUCCCAAUCAGGCUUGAAGACUUCGAAUCCGGAAAAGAAGUUGACCUUAACAGGCAAUGUUUGCAAACACCCAACUUCCUCACUACGCACAUACGUGAGACUACGGAUAGUUUCACGCUAUUUAUUAAGGCGUCAGUGAUACUAUCAAAGGUCAAGAUUUUGGCACUACGAGUGGGUAACCGUUACCCUGAUAUUCCGGACAUACGAGAUACACCGGCAUUUAGACACCUAGAAAGCACUAUUGCGACAUUCAGGAGUAGCUUCCCUUCGGAAUACCUAGAGCCUAUUUCUCAGACCAGCAAAGGAUUCGACACUCUACUCUAUGUCGCACAUUUGAUUCCUCAUACUGCUAUUAUCUUGAUGCAUGAAGAACACGCGGAUGUAAACUCGCCCAACUGCCUUUCGAUGCAAAAAUCUUUACUGGCAGCACGCGCGAUACUCGAUCUUAUAUACCUCGUAUGCUCUACGAGUUAUGAUAUGACCAGGCUUCCUUCAGUGUGCAACUUCUGUUGGUUUAUGGCCGCACGGGUGCUGGUUCGAGUAUUGAAAUAUCGACACCAAUCUGGAAAAAUGGGUGAAGCUGCAACGAUGCGGUCUGAAGUCGAGGUAAUUAGGCUCGCGUUUCAAAGAAUGAGCGAACGAAUUCCAAUUGCGACCAGACACUCCGCAAUGCUCGAUGAGCUUCUUGCAACUGAGUUACAUAACUUGGACGAUACCAUUUAUACUUGCAGGUACGAAGCGAUAUAUGACCCAGCAUACGUUCGCGAAGGCAGUGCCUUUGAUUGGCCAGAUCAAGUAGCAACGCUAGUCGAAGUGACCCAAGGAACACCUACAACUGCGAGUGCAUCCGUCUCGAGUCAUAUCCAAACUCCAGAGGCCGGUAUUGUGGUUGACCCUGGGCCCAUCCUAAUGGAUGCGCCCAAUUCUGCACAGGCUACAUUGGAACAAUUACUGCAAUCGAUGGAUUCUGAUUCAUUUCUUCUGGCCAGCGGCUAUGCUGAUCUCGCUCAAUUUCCAGUCUCUUAA